UGGGAGUUGUAGUCUACCCGUGCGAGCAGGCAUGGCGGCUUCCAUUGCAGUGGGCUGUGGAGCAGCUACUGGCCUCACCCGGAACGUUGGACUCGCCAGGGUGCUGUUGCCUGUGCCGGCCUCUGUCGCCUGCUGGGCCCGCGCGGGGUCGGGCCGUCAGCAGAGCACUGGACCUUCCCAGUCCGGCACGUUCCAGCCGCCUCCAAAACCCGUCAUCGUGGACAAGCGCCGUCCCACGGGCGAGAAGAGCAGAUUCUUGAGUCCUGAAUUCAUUCCUCCAAGAGGGAGAACAAAGCCUCUGCUAUUUCAACUAGAAAGAAAAGACAUGUUAGCAAGGAGAGGAGUGCUCCACAUUCCAGAGUUCUAUGUCGGAAGCAUUCUUCGCGUCACUACGGCGGACCCAUAUGCCAGUGGGAAAACCAGCCAGUUUCUGGGGAUUUGCAUCCAGAGGUCAGGAACGGGGCUUGGAGCGACUUUCAUCCUCAGGAAUACUAUUGAAGGACAAGGUGUUGAGAUUUGCUUUGAACUCUAUAAUCCUAGAAUCCAGGAGAUCCAAGUGGUCAAAUUGGAGAAGCGUCUGGAUGGCAGCUUGCUGUACUUACGAGACGCCCUUCCCGAAUACAGCACUUUUGAUAUUAACAUGAAGCCAGAAGUACAAGAAUCCAGCCAAGAGGUUCCUGUCAAUCAGCUGAAAGUGAAAAUGAAGCCUAAGCCCUGGUCCAAACGCUGGGAGCGCCCCAAGUUUAAUAUUAAAGGGAUCAGGUUUGACCUCUGCUUAACUGAAGAGCAAAUGAAAGACGCUCAGAAGUGGAGUAGGCCGUGGCUUGAGUUUGACAUGAUGAGGGAAUACGAUACUUCAAAAAUCGAAGCUGAGAUAUGGAAUGAAAUUCAAGCAUCGAAAAAGUCUUGAUCUGAAAAUGUAUUUAGCUUCUUGCAGAUAAUACACUGACAGAGGAUUUUUUAGAGACCAAUUUAAUUUCGUAUAUUAGGACAUAGUCAUUCAAUCAACUAAGCAUUCAUUAUUUUAUGACUUACUGUUUUAAAAUUUUUAAAUUAGUACAUCUGUUUAUUACUUUAAAAGGUGAAGUACACAUGCCAAGUGGUCUGGUGUCUGUUCUGUUACUGGAGGCGAAGCUAAAACAGAGUUAGGUUAGCACAGAAUCCUCUCACGUAAAGUGGACAAGGAAGCAGGUGUGCAGCCCUGACCAGCAGGAUGCACCCCCGCAGGCAGGCACGGCCCCCCCCACAUCUCCAGUCUGGCGUCGGAGCAGUGCAGGUGGCCUGUGGUGUCUCCACUUGUGGACGUCACUGGAGUCCCCCAUGUCCACCACCUGGUACCCAGUCCUGGUGAAGCAAAGGGGAGCAAAGGCCAGUGGCCGGGCAGGACAAGUGCACUGUCUUCCGGAGCAUCAAGGCAGGGCAUGGUCACUUCGGGAGGCAUUGGGGGCAGAGAACAGAGGGUGAGAGAAGGUAUCUGACCCCAGCUCCCCUGGGUCUUCCAAGCCCCUGCCCUCCCCGCUCCCAGCUCCCCCUGACCCAGUCCCCGGAAGCCAGGCCGGGAGACCACAGCUGGAGGGGCUCUGGCUUCAUGGGCUUUGCCAGGUCUCCAUGUCCACUACCCUUGGAGAGGACCUAACUCAGUCUCUAAAAUCUAAAUCGGACCAUGUCUCUUCCCUGCUUAAAGUGCUGCUCUGUGGGGUAAAGUGCAUGAAAGGAGACUGGAGCCUGACUGGCAUGGGGGCUGCCCCUCAGCAGCCCUGAACCCAGCACUGCGGUCGGGGGUGAUGGACGCUUUUAUCAAAACCAUCAGUGAGUGCUGAUUUUAUGUCCCUCACGCUCCAUUUUGAAAGGUGGGGAGCAUGGAAUGCACUUUAGAAGGAUACGAGGACGGUGGUGGUUCAGACCUGGGCUCCGGAGCCAGACCUCAAGCUGCAGUCCCGGGCUCCCCGUGCUGCGUGCGUGGCCUUGGCCGGUCACCGAACCUCCCUGCGCCUCAGUUCCCUUAUGUGCAAAGUGGGGGCUUAGGUGGCCUUUUACUCACGGGACGUCAGGACUAAGGAGUGUUUGGAAAUGCUUAGGAGAAUGGCACCUGGUGAGCCAGUGUUUGGUGUUAAUAAAUAAAAUUUGUGUACUUAUUAAGUUAACAUGUACAUACA